GCUGAAAUGUCUAACGCAGGAGUAAAACCUGAAAAGGAAAAUACUGAAAUCAGGGGUUACAAAAUAAUGAAGCCUAUUGGUCAAGGAAAAUUUUCCAUUGUCUAUAAAGCUGAGAACACUGAAACUGGAGAAUGAGUUGCUCUUAAAUGUAUUAAAAUAUUCGAUAUGACCGAUGUAAAACAAAGAGAAAAGUGAUUAAAAGAAGUCAAAUUACUACAAUCUCUAGACCAUCCCAACAUUAUUCAAUACUUAGACUCCUUUAUCGAGAACAAUGAUCUCUACAUUGCUGUAGAAUGGGCUGAGAAAGGAGACCUCAAGUAUAUAGUAAAACGAGCAAUUCAAGAAGACUCUCACCUUGAUGAGAGCAAAGUGUGGCAAUAUAUUUCCCAGAUGGCAGAAGCACUGGCACAUAUGCAUUCAAAGAGAAUCAUGCAUAGAGAUCUAAAGCCAGCAAAUAUUUUCAUUGAUUCUGAAGGAAUGCUCAAAUUAGGAGACCUGGGGCUAGGAAGAGCAAUGAGUUCACAAACUCUUGAAGCCUAUUCAAGAGUUGGUACACCAUUGUAUAUGAGUCCUGAGGUAUUGGAAGGCAGUGGAUAUGACACUAAAAGUGAUGUCUGGAGUUUAGGAUGAAUAGCAUAUGAACUAUGAGCUCUGAAAUCUCCCUUUCGUAAACAGAACCAGAGCAUGUCUCUCUAUGAUCUUUUCCAGAGCAUAAAAGCUGGUGUAUUCGAUCCAAUUCCCGAUAGAUAUUCCUACAAGCUGAAAAUAUUGAUAGAAUCUAUAAUCAAAACAAAUCCUGUAGAAAGGCUAGAUAUUGACCAGAUUGUGUCUAUCUGAGACAUGCAUAAAGCAUCGGAGGCUAAGAAGCCAAAAAUAGAUUCAUAUCUAAUCAUGGAUGAUAUUAUGGACAAGCUAAAGCUCCUCGAUUACGAACGGAAGUUUGCUUUGAAGCCAAUUUCAAGAAUAUUCUUUUCCCAUUAUGAAGAAGAAAAAGGAUUCAACAAAUGUGAAUAUCUUUACGAGCUCUGAUAUUGGCUGAUGUCUCUUUCCCAAAACAAGAAUAGUCGAAGAAUAGGAGUCUAUCUCCCAUUCAAAACCAAUAAGUCUUCGGAAGAGGCAGUUAAAAGACUUCUAGCAGAUUGUAAAUAAAUUUGGAGUCAAGUUCUCCUCGUACUUCGAAGAGCAUCAGCUUCUUCAAGGUUUUGGAGACUCUGUGUGCUUUCUCGUAGAUGAGCUCUUAAACCGAGAACUAAUCAGAAGAGACUAUAAAUUCGAGGCUCCCAUUAUGCAAGAAGAUAGUGAUGAAGAGAGCGAAAUUGAAGAAGAGAAAUUUGACGAGGCAAAUAUUAUUAAUAUUGAUAAGCACCAAGAAAAAUCAAAACUGAGUAAAGCCUUUAAUAGCAGCAUGAGAAUUGAUAAUGGAAGAAUAACUCAGACUACAUUCGGCUUCAAGACUGACAAUCGAAUUAUGAACAAUAAUACAGAACAAGAGCCUGAAGAUUUAAUGGAUUUAGAUGAAAGCAUGAUUACUUGAAGCAUAAAGCCUGAAGAAUGGAAGAAAGAAGUGCUUCACGUUGAAAAAGACCUAAUGAAAUUUUAUGCCACUCUUAAUCAAGAACAAAAUUACCCUGUAAAUGAUUGCUUGAUUCAAUGAAAGUUGGUGAAAUCUUUAAUGCCAGAAAAGCUAAAUAAGACAAUUCAGAAAUCCGUGGAUUCUCUUUAUUCAGACUUAUAUUGCAUUUCACAACAAGAGAAUAAGAUAAACACCAAAUAACUGAGAUGAUGUUACUAAACUGAGAAAGAUAAAUGCUAACAAAUCCAAGAAUUUAAAAGAACUGACGACUCUUCGUGAUAGCAUGAAAUCGAAAAUAUAGUCAAAUUUGAUGACCUGACUCAGAAGCUAGAAAUUGCUCAUGCGAAGUAUGAGAAGAAAAACAAGGAGAUAGGAAGCACUGCAAAAAUAGAUAAAAUAAAGAAAGCCACUAAUCGUAUCAAGGUAGAGGUGUUCAAAGUAGACCAGAGGAUUGGAAUAAUACAGGCCUGACUCGCUAACAAGAAGGAGGAUAACAGUAAAGCCAAAGAGCUUUAUGAUGAACUUUUUGAACUUUAA